AUGCAGCCAACUAUGAAUAUUUCUGAGAUGGCACUAGAUAACAACUUCACUAACAGCUCCUUCAACUGUGCAGUUGACAACUUCAAGCAAGUCAUUUAUCCCAUCACAUACCUCAUUAUCUUCGUCCUGGGUGCUGUUGGAAAUGGCCUCUCCAUUUAUGUUUUCUUCCAGCCUUCACAGAGAAAGAUCUUAGUAAAUGUUUACAUGCAGAACUUGGCUGUGUCAGAUCUCAUGCUUGUAAGCACUUUGCCCUUUCGGGCCACGUAUUUCCUUUUGGGAUCACGUUGGAUAUUUGGUGAUAUUGUCUGCAGGAUCAUGACUUACACCUUGUAUGUGAACAUGUACUGCAGCAUCUAUUUUCUUACUGUGCUCAGCAUGGUUCGGUUCAUAGCCAUUGUCUACCCAUUCAAACACUGGAAAGUAGCCAACAUGAAGUAUGCCAGGAUAAUAUGUGCAGCCAUAUGGAUCAUUGUUCUUGUAGCCUCCAGUCCCCUGUUAUGCAACAAAAUAGCUGGAUACAAUAACCCAGUCAAGUGCUUGGACCUGCACCCCUCCAAUGCACAGAGACUCCUUGUGAUGAACAGCUUCGUCCUCGUUGUGGGCUUCAUUCUGCCAUUUUGCACAAUUAUUGUCUGCUAUGUCUUUGCAAUCAAAGCAUUGCUCAGGUCCAGGACUCCACAGAACAAAAAGACAAUCUGUCACAAGAAGGCACUGUCAACUAUCAUCAUCACUCUCAUCCUCUUCCUCAUCUGUUUCCUGCCAUAUCACAUACUGCGAACUGUCCACCUGAUGCACAGCAGCUGCAGCCAGGCCAACCUGCCCAUGCACAAAGCACUAGUAGUCACUCUCUGCCUUGCUGCCAUGAACAGCUGCCUCGAUCCCAUCCUUUACUAUUUUGCUGCUGAAAAUUUCAAAGCAAAAGUCAGAAGCUUGUACUGCAGGUAG